AUGAUUAAGAUUUUAUUAAGCUUAGUUUUUUUGUUACUGGCUCAGCUGGUACACUCAAAUAAGGAUGAGACGCCGCACAUUAUAGUUGGUAGAGACUACAGUGGUCUUUACUACGUGAAUACUACUUUUGGUACUCCAGGCCAGGAACAACAGCUUCGAGUGGACAUGUCGCAGCCAUACACAUGGGUCGUCUCGGGUGAAAUCUAUCCCCAGUGCAAUAAACUCAAUAGUGGAUGUUUAACUGGGUCUCUUUAUUAUCCUUUAGAAAGUACUACUAGUCAUGAGGAGGAUAACGGCGAAUAUGUCCGAUUACAAUUUUUAGAUUUGAUCUCUAUAAAUGGGACCAAGUAUAAUGACAAUAUGAACUUUACCAAUGCUGUUAUCGAAUCCAACGGAUCCACGUAUGAGAAGAACAACACAAUGUGGAAUGAACAAGAUGGUUGGUUGUCUAUUAACAAAACUUCAUUCAUUGUAGCGAAUGAGACAGGUUCGUUGGUGCAAGGUUCUCUAGGACUGGUUGGUCCAAUUAACGAUCCUGCUAGUGAUCCUCAAUCAUCCCUCAACUUUGAUGAAUCAUACUAUUUCUUAUCUCACUUAAAAAAUGACGGUGUGAUCGAGUCAUCAUCAUACUCGCUUUGGGUCAACAAUGAUACUGAUGAUGAUAUUAACCAACUUCUUACAAACGACAAUAUCGGAAGAUUAUUGCUUGGUGCUGUUGACCCAAAAUACUACGAAGGCGAACUGGUUUCAUUCCAAGCGAUACCAUUCAAAGAUGAACAGUCAGGGUUUCUUUCUUAUGGGUACCCUAUUGUUCCAAUGUCCAAGAUCAGUAUCACAAAUAACAAUAACGAAGCUCUAAAUCUCACUGAUAGUAACUUUCUACAACCUGUCUUUCUGCAUUCGAGGUACCUCUACAGUUACUUGCCUUUGAGUGUUAUCAUUCAGGUUGCUAUACAAACCAAUGCAGUCUACGUGCAAUCUCUUGACCGUUGGUUGGUAGCUUGUGAGAUAGGUGACUUGGGUUCAAACAUAGAGUUUGAAUUUGGUAACCUGACAAUUGGCGUUCCUACAGUGGAUUUCUUAGGUGCUACGAAUAAUGUCAACACAAACUCCAGCUUGCAUUUUACUAAUGGUAAGGAAGCAUGUUACCUGAAAAUGUAUCCAAACUAUGCCACUUCCUUCAGUGUCCUGGGUAAAUCGUUUAUCAAAAAUGCCUAUAUUGUUCACGAUAUCGAAAGUGGACAGAUAGCUAUGGCACAAGCUGCCUUCCCUAGUAAUGUUGAAAAGGCUUCAAAUAGUUCGGCAGCAAAGAAAAUACAAUCUAGCACUAUUCCAUAUGCUAUAACAAACAACGUCACACAUCAACUAACAAUGUCAAACUCCUUGGCAAAGGUCUCUUCUGAUUUGCUAGACAAGUAUACUGCUACAAUUCGCUCUGACGGUGAAAUUUUCACCGGCAGAUCGUUCUAUGACACAUCAAGAACUUCUACUAUCGAAUCACACACUCCAACAAGCACAGCAGAAGAACAAACGUCUACAAAACAAAAUUCGAAAACAGGCACUUCUACUGCCGCUGCAUCAAGAACAAAACCUGUUUUAACAACAUUCUCUCAAAAAGAUGACAAUCCCUGGUUAUUCCCAUUAGCAUUCGCCCUCGUUGGCCUCUUUGGUUUAUCUUUAUCCUUAUAA